CUGUGGUGAUUUCCGGAUCCCAAACCUUGACCCCCAGGAGCACCUCCACUGGGAUUCAUGGAAAACCACGGAAGCUGUGGUGACGGGGGCAACAUCUGGGAACCUGACCAACUCAUGUGCCUCCCGGGGAAAGUACAGCAGCGACAUCACUGUCAAACUGGACCUUUUCCAUUGCAUGCGGCGGUUCUCAAGGGAGUGCGUGUCAGAGCACCAUACACUCCACAGCACUUUCUGCCGGUUCCUCAGUGCUGCAUUCUGUGUGGUGGACCAGACUGACCUGCAGAGGCUGACGGAGGCAUACGCCUUCUGUGGGAUCAGGCCUGCCAAUCCCACAAAGCAGCAUAUCCGGGAACACUGCCGGACCAAGGUACCACAACCUACAGAGCUGCUGGAGAGAGUGGAGAGCGUCCUCAAACAGUUCUUCCUAGAGACAGAUCCCAAUGGUGUCUACCUCUUCAAGCCGUCCAUGCUAAAGCUGUGGAGACUCCAGAGGGUGCACAUCCUGAGAGGCUGCCUGAGUGAUCCAGAGGAGGAGGACGGGAUCCUUUACAGACACGGAGGAACAGUGCAGCUCAACCACGUCAAGGGUGAAGGAGCAGCUGUCCCAGUGUGGAUCCCUGUGAGAGGCACCUCCCAACAGGAGGGUUUCCAUGCGCAUCAGGCACGGUGGAUCACAGGCAACUGUGUUUCCUCCGAGCUCUUCCAGGCUCAAGGCAUGAUGGGCAUGGCACGGUGGAACUUUCAGAGAUUGGUGGAUCUGAAGUUACCGGACGUGAAGCUACCUGCAGUCUUUGACCCAGUGCUCAUCAUGCAGCUGAACGUGGCAUCGGAGAGGGUGACCGGCCAUGCCAAAUACCCUGAAUGCCACAGAGACACAGGGGAGAGAUUUGGCCUGCAGUAUGUGGAGCCAGGCUGUCGCCCUGUGCCUCUGGACUGGUUCAAGAACAGGUCCCAGGGGGCUGAUGAAGAGGGAGCUGAGGAAGAGGAGGCUGACCGGGUGGUCGCCGACCAGCCCUUCAUCACGCCAGAAGACAAUGAUGACGUCUUUGGUGAGGCUUCUGGAGUCUUGCCCCAGACCACAGUCCAGCCAGUCCAAUCAACCUCCACUCAAGGUCUGCCAACGACACCUGCACUGCCCAUCACAGCAAACCCGCGUGCUGCUCGCACAAUGUCCAUCAAGGCAGGCGGGCUUCUGUACGUCUUGGACCAUUCCCGGUGGACAGAGGCCAUGAAGGAGGUCAUCGACGGCCUCAUAGGAAUCCACCAAGGGUCGAAGGAUUUCCUGCAGAGGGUGGACAGUGACUACGCUGGCUUGGUGCAGGCUGCUUCCCGUGAUCCCAAUAGCCUGUUGCAUCCAACAACAAAGCAACACAUUUCACAGUAUGUGAAGCAUUGGGCAAAGCGGACCAACGCCAGCACGUCCCUGAACACCAGCCCACAGAAACUCCUGGAGACGCAGCAGCUGUGGCAGCACCUGACGGCAGAGAGUGAGACCAAGAGCGUGCCGGUGGUGACCAUACCACCCGCUGCGGUCAAUCCACCUGGGAGAGAUCCCCAGGAGGCCCCUCUGACCAAGGCUGCUAUCGAGGACAUGGUGCGGGACAUAGUCCAGAAGCAGACGGCACUGCAACAACAGCAGCAGCAGCAGCUGGGCAAAAAGAAGACGAGGAACUGUCUUGCCUGUGGCCAGCCGAAGUCGCGACACCAGGGAGACGGUUCCUCCAUCCACCUCUUCUACCAGUCUGGGGAGGUCAAGUACUUUUACUGCUCACAAAGAGUCCACAAGCUCUAUGCAGCAGAAGGCCUGAAUGACCCCAGAAUGCCGUUUGAGGACUUUGCGGACACCCCUUUCUUUGGGAAAGAGCUUGAGGCAGCCAAGCUCAGGUCAGCAGAGGCACGGAGGUUGGCUGAUCUGCGGGGGAAAUGGAGGGCGGCAGAACAGCAGCCCACCGGUCGGCUCUGCAAGUUCUGCCGCAAGCCCAUCAAGCAGGGGCCAGAAAGCCCCCAUGUGUACCAUUCGUUCCGGGGUGUGGCGGGCAGGUACAUUUACUGUCCUACCAGGGUGCUGUCCCUGUACAAGGCAGACGGAAUGAAUGCUGAAAUGACCUGGGGGGAGUUUCAACAAUCAGCCUUCUACAAGGCAGAGAAGAAGAGGUGGGCUGAGGAGAAGGGGAAGUAG